CCAGCUCGUAGAUGUGCAAGCACACCAGCACGCUCAGCGUGUGGGUGUACGCUGAAUGUCUCAUCCCAACUUAUGGUGCCUCACAGAGAGCUGAUAAACACCUAAAGUUCAUCUGGAGAAGAAAAGGGUUCCAUCCUGACUGCAGGUGUUCAUCAUGUCCACCGACCCUGCAGCCGAGCUGCCGUUCUUCUACGGCAGCAUCAGUCGCUCGGAGGCCGAGCAGCAUUUGAAGUUGGCUGGGAUGUCCGAUGGGCUGUUUCUGCUGCGACAGUGUCUCCGCAGCCUCGGCGGCUAUGUCCUGUCUAUGGUGUGGAACCUGGAGUUUCACCACUACUCCAUAGAGAAACAGCUGAACGGGACGUACUGCAUCAUAGGAGGAAAGCCACACCUCGGGCCAGCAGAGCUCUGUGAAUUUUACAGCAAGGACCCUGAUGGUCUGGUGUGCAGCCUAAAGAAACCCUGUCUGCGUCCCCAGGAUACCCAGAUACGCCUCGGGGUGUUUGACACUCUGAGAGAUAACAUGCUGAGGGAGUACGUCAAACAGACAUGGAACCUGGAGGGAGAAGCCAUGGAGCAGGCCAUCAUCAGUCAAGCUUCUCAGCUGGAAAAGCUAAUCGCCACCACAGCACACGAAAAAAUGCAGUGGUUUCACGGAAAAAUCACACGACAAGAAGGCGAGAGGCGGCUUUACUCUGGAGUGCAACCAGAUGGAAAGUUUCUGGUGAGACAGAAAGAGGAGACUGGUGCUUUUGCUCUCUCCAUGAUGUAUGGGAAAACAGUGUACCACUAUCAAAUCCUACAAGACAAAUCCGGAAAAUUUUCCAUGCCAGAAGGAACAAGAUUCGACACAAUCUGGCAGCUGGUUGAGUACCUGAAAAUGAAGCCUGACGGCCUCGUCACUGUUCUCGGGGAGUCGUGUGUGAUCAACAGAGCCGCUGAAAAGACACCGGUGCUUCCAGCCUCGAGGCUGAGACCCGCAAAUGGAUACACACCACCACCUCAAGCUGUCACAGAGACCCCGAUGCCAGUUACCCCAGCUGAUGACGACGUCGACCCUUAUCAUAACCCAAACGAAGUCCGAAAGUUUAACAUCCAGAGGAAUCUGCUGCUGAUUGAUGAGGUGGAGCUCGGCUCAGGGAACUUUGGCUGCGUCAAAAAGGGGGUCCUCAAGACUGAGAAGGGCCAGAUAGACGUGGCCAUCAAAGUGCUGAAGAGUGACAACGAUAAGCUCGUGAAGGAGGAGAUGAUGAGAGAGGCAGAGAUCAUGCACCAGCUCAACAACCGUCACAUCGUGCGCAUGUUGGGCCUGUGUAGUGCUGAGAAUCUGAUGCUGGUCAUGGAGAUGGCCUCUUUCGGACCACUCAACAAAUAUCUCUCUUCACACAGGGACAAUGUAACUGUGGAGAACAUUGUCAACCUGAUGCACCAGGUGUCAAAGGGCAUGAAGUAUCUGGAAGAGAAAAACUUUGUGCACAGAGACUUGGCAGCUCGUAAUGUCCUACUGGUUAACCAACAAUUUGCCAAAAUCAGUGACUUUGGGUUGUCCAAGGCUCUUGGAGCAGAUGACAAUUAUUACAAGGCUCGCACUGCCGGCAAAUGGCCACUGAAGUGGUACGCUCCAGAAUGCAUAAACUUCCACAAAUUCUCCAGUAAAAGUGAUGUGUGGAGUUUUGGUAUCACCAGUUGGGAGGCCUUUUCUUACGGAGGGAAACCUUAUAAGAAAAUGAGAGGCCCAGAAGUGACCCGCUUCAUUGAAAGCGGGAGCCGGAUGGAGUCUCCAGCAGGAUGUCCACCGCAAAUGUAUGCCCUGAUGAUGGAGUGCUGGACAUACAAGCAUGAGGACCGUCCUGACUUCAAGAAGGUGGAGGAGUCCAUGAGGUCUUACCUUUGCUCCAUAUCGACUAAGGCCAAACCUGAGGAACCAGCAGGCAACGCUGAGCCUAUCAAGUAGACAGAAACAAGGCACAGUCUAUCCUCUAGCACCAGUACAAUGCAUCCUUUCAAAUGCCUAUUAAACAAGCGAACAAAGAGCUUUUUUAUAAAACGUGCACACUGAUCGGCUUUAACUACUGUACCCAUAUUACCACACAGGCCUCAGUAAUAAGUGUGCAUUUGUGUUUCAGACGUCAGUGAGACGGCCUUACAAGGGGGUGUCUCUGUCUGCACGUCUGUCAUGAUUUGAAUGUUAAGUGGAGAAUUGUCUGUUGUCUUCACAGUAAUCAACCAAUACAUUUUAUGGUUUGAUAUUUUUCUCAUGAACAUGUACAAAUUGUAUCGCCUUUGUAAUCUGCCACCUAUGUAUGAACAGAUGAUGUUAUGUAUGAUUAUUAAAGUAUAAAUACCCCAAAAGAA